UGCAAUGUGAAGGCAAUUGUUUGCCCUUGUAAGCGUAGGGAUUUGCAUAUACUUGAGAACUUUUGUCUAUUGAAGUAAUAGUCUGAGGCAUCUUUUAACAAGUCUGGUUAUACAAAUAUCACGCACGGCGCUAGCUGUCAAAGCUUUAUACAAAAAUGAUGAUACACUUUCAAGCUGCUCCACACUAGGCGUGUCCUUUGCCCGAUGCUGCAGGUUGAAUCUCUUACCCCGAUUUCCUGUCACAUGAUUGGAAAUAGGAUCCCUACUUCAUACUAUCUCUUGAGUCGGGAGUACACAUAUCUGCCUUGAAGUUCAGGCGCACUUAACGGAAGCCUGUUCGGAGACUUCAUUAGAGCAAGCCGCAUCAGCUCCGGCGGCUGUAUCCAAACGGACUCACCUGCGAUCGCUCUUGCCCAAUUCUAAAGAGGAACGCAACACGCAACACCAUUUCUCGGACAGUCGUAUGCGAAGGAGAGCUAUGGAUUCUUUGACAGUCGCAGCACUACUUCUCGCUGGGUUCCUGUCCUCCUCAACUUCGAUCCAGUUUGAAACUGAGUGCUACACUGCUAAUGGCGAGGACUACAGGGGGCGGCAGAACCAGACGGGCCUGCUGGGGGGGAAGCCCUGCCUCUUCUGGAACGAGACCUUCCAGCACCCUUAUAACACUCUCAAGUACCCCAAUGGAGAGGGCGGACUGGGGCCCCAUAACUUCUGCAGGAACCCGGAUGGUGACGUUCGACCCUGGUGCUACAUUGCAGACCAUGAAGACGGAAUCUACUGGAAGUACUGCGACAUUCCCACCUGUCAGAUGCCUGGCAACCUGGGCUGCUUCAAAGACAGCGGUGACCCUCUCACUCUGACGGGGAGCAGUGAGACGUCCAACAAGCUCACCAUCCAGACCUGCAUCAGCCUCUGCAGGAAACAGAGAUACAAGCUGGCGGGGAUGGAGUCGGGCUAUGCUUGUUUCUGCGGUAACGACGUGGACCACCAGCAUCACGAGGAGGCGCCGAGCACCGAGUGCAACCACGUGUGUUUCGGCGACCACACACAGCCAUGUGGUGGAGACGGGCGCGUUAUCAUCUUCGACACCCGCAUUGGAGCCUGCGGGGGGAACUACAGCUCUCCCACCGGCGUCGUCUACUCUCCAGACUUCCCAGACAAGUACGGGGCGGGCCGAGUCUGCUACUGGACCAUCCAGAUCCCGGGGGCCGCCGCCAUUCUCUUCAACUUCACCUUCUUCAACGUCGUGGACCAGAAGGACAUGGUGGAGGUUCUGGACGGAUACACCAAUCAGGUGGUGGCUCGCUUUGACGGACACAACCCCCCUCGAUCCCUGAUCAACGUCACGGUGGACUUUGCCAUUCUGUACUUUUACUCUGACAGAACCAAUGAGGCCCAAGGCUUUGCUGUGCUCUAUGAAGCACUGAAGGGCCAGAGUUCUAAACCUGUGGACGAGGAGGAAGAGGACGAGGAGGACAACAACGAGGAAGAGGACACCAGCACAGUGGAGCCCAACUCGAGAGGCGUCACGGAGAAGUCCAACACCAGUGGCGACGGGAAGUCCUCCCAGAUCCUCUACGUCAUCACGUCCAGCCCCGGGAAGGAGGAGCGCAACAUGCCAGGUCAGUGGCUCGGACCGGGCCGGACCGCGGGCCACAGAACCAUGUGGACGAUCUAUGCAUUGGCAGCGCUUCUGACGCUGACAGUCAUCGCCAUGGUAGCGAAGCUGCUCCUGCACAUCACUGUCAAGUCCCCCUCCGUUCCCUCCAUCCGGAGCGGCGAGCACCUGCAGCCCUGCACCCAGAGUGGCGCCUCAGAGCCCUGGAUCAUCUUCUACCGGCCCUCCACCAUCUCGCUCUUCAAGAAGAAGCUCAAAAAUCACCACGGUGACCUCAGCCCACUGGUGGGCAACUAGGAGAGAGAAGGGAAAGAUGAACACAGACGGACAGACAGAGUCAUGGACACACUGUGCAGCUCUACUCUCCCCCUCCUCCUCCUCCUCUUCCUCCUCCCAAACACACAAAGGGUGGCCGGAUUCUGUACUAGCCUGCUGGUCACCCUGCCUCAGGGACUGACAGGAGAAGCGUGCUGAAAGAUAACUAGCUAACUCGCUAACGGACUGACCUACAGUAACACAACUGCUACUGGCACAGGGACCAGAAUAUUUAAAAACAAAAAAUGUAAAAACCACGAGGGUUGGGGGUGGACAUGUGUGUUCUUGUGUGUGGGGCACACAGGUUUUUGGAGGGCAACAGCGUUUGUGAGCGUUUCAGGCCCCCUUAGCACCCCACCACCCCCACCGCCAAAAGCCAAAAGCCGCUGUGAUUGCAGAUGGGAUUGCACCCAGUGGUUCCAGCUCGCAAACUGAAACUUGUGCACGACAGGUGAUUUCCUUUUGAGGGAGUGGGCCUGUGGAAAUGGCUACUGCAUCUCAAGUGCACACACACACACAGACACACACACACACACACACACAGACACACACACACAGACAGACAACAUGAUAUACAUACACACAAAGUAACAUUUACACACAAACCACAAACACACAGACACACCCACACAUUCACACACAAAGGUCAAAGCUACUCUUACAUAUCUCUGUUGUUGUACUAUGAAAACAGGCAGCCCUCCUUCAGUGGCGGAGCUGUAACUGAUUUCUGCUGACAAAGGUGAACCGAGAUGAGAUCUUGAUCGUGGAAAAGUAGAGACAAUUCCCUUUGGUGGGGGUAACACAAAACGGGUCCUCAAGACUGGCAAAAUGCCACCCUGUACAAUCGGCCUUUUCUGAAGGACAGCAAUCUGGAGAGAGAGAUGAGAGAAAGAGAGAUGGAUCCUUUUCAAAGGGCCUUUCUCCUUCAUAUGGGUCAGCUCUUGUUUAAUUGCAAAUGCCUUGCUCCCCAGGUGACUGGCUUAUACAAGGGCUGUACGGGACUUCCAUGAAAGCAGCUCCACAAAAAGGAAAAGAGAUUGCAAUCUCACUCACGCUCAGAUGACCAAAGCUCGUAAGGGGAGCCGAAAAUGAGAAGAGAGGGCCGGCUUGAGAACACCAGGAGUCUUUGACGUGGCUGGUGGUCGCAGUUGGUUCUUCAUUAACUGCCAUUUUAGAAUCUUCUCCAGGGAGUACCUGAAAUACUGUGCUC